AUGUUUCAAAAUUCAGUUCAAAAAAACGGGAGGAUUAUUAGUUUUUGGUCUGAUCUUUGGAUAGGAGAUAAACCUCUCAUGUAUUCAUGGCCUAAUCUUUACGAGAAUGAGUCUGUCAAGAAUUGUGCAGCCGCGGACAGGCUGAUAGCUUCGGAGAACAGUUCGGUUCUGACCUGGAACUGGUCAAAUUCUCCCUUCUCUGAUGCUGAUGCUGCUAAAUUACAUCGUCUGACCGAUAGUAUUCGGGAGGUCCGGUUAUCAGAGUUGUCAGACAAAUGGAUUUGCACCGGAAGUCCGGACGGUAGCUUCUCAGUUGGUUCGCUCAGAAAGUUGCUGGUUGAAGACAAUGCAGCUGUACACGACAAUAUUAUGGAAUGGGUAAAAUGGGUCCCGGCUAAUUGUAGUAUUUUCUUUUGGAAAGCUCUCCAAAAUAGGAUUCCAACUAGAGCCGAGUUAAUCAAGCGUAACAUAUUUAUAAACGAUCCCAACUAUUGUUUUUGCGGGGAUUAUGAGGAAAGCACGGAUCAUGUUUUCUCGGGGUGCUCAGUGACGUCUCAGGUUUGGCAGCGUUUUUGUUCAUGGGCUCGGUUACCUCCUUUGUUUGCUUUUGAUUUCAAAGACGUGGCCGAAUUCCACUCGGGUUGUAAUCUCAACAGGGAGGAAGAAGGAGUGAUCAAAGGGCUUAUCAUGAUUGCGUGUUGGUGCAUCUGGAGGGCGUGA